AUGAAAUACUGUAUGGUGAAGGAUUCAACAAGUGAUUAUAAUAUCCAAGAGAAUGCAAAUAGCUGUUCUUACACAGUCAAGAUAACAACAAGCUGUUCUUCAACUCGGUAUACAAGAGACCAAAUUAGUCUUGCAUUUGGGGAUGCUUAUGGCAAUCAGGUUUAUGCUCCAAAAUUAGAUGAUCCAUAUUCAGCUACAUUUGAAAGUUGCUCUACAGAUACAUUGCAGAUAAAAGGACCUUGCACAUUCCAGAUUUGCUAUGUGUAUGUCUAUAGGAGUGGUUAUGAUGGCUGGAAACCAAAGACUGUGACUGUUUAUGGCUAUUAUACCAAGUCUGUUACAUUUACAUACAACACCUUUAUUCCUAAUGGUGUUUGGUUUGGCUUCAAUUACUGUAAUGGAGCCUUGUCAUCCAAUUGAACAAUAUAAGUACUGUCUUAGUGUCAUUUUGGAGUUCUGUAAGCAUGCAUAUUUAGCUUUCUUUUAUAUUUUCCUUGUAAUGAGAGCAGCUUUGUUUGUGAGAUAUAAUUGACAAUCAACUCUCUAUUCUAAAAGAAUGAUAAUGGCAUUGGAGUGUCUGUGUGAUAAUGGUUGAUAA